AUGGAAUUGUUAGGAUACUUUAAUGAUCCAGAAGAUUGUACUCCAAAAUUUUGGAAUCAAUUAGCAAGAAUGGGACGAGCUGGUGCCUUUAAAGAUAAACAAAUUUUUUCUGGAUUAUGUGAAAUUUUUGUGGAAAUGACAAAUCGUAUUAAUGAAGGAAAAGGGCUCCAAAAUAUUAGAUAUCCCGAACAAUUUUCUAAUUUUUUAACUAUUUUAGCAAGUAGCAGUCCACAAACAUAUGCUAUUUUUCAAAAAAAUCUUGCAGGAAGAACAAUUAGAAAUAUCCGUGUACAACGUGCUCAAUCAGAUUUAGCAAUUGAUGAUCCAUCGAUAUGCUUUGAAAAUAUGGCUAAAUUUAGAAAGUUUUUAAAUAGCAUUAAUUAUGAUGGGCCAAUCGCUGCAUCAACAGAUAACACAAAACUUGAAGAAAAAUUACGUUAUUCUGCAAGUUUGGGUGCAAUUCUUGGGUCUACAUUUCCGUUAAAAGAAACUUUAAUAUCUUCUUAUGGUGAAAUUGAUACUAUUGUAAAAAAGAUUCAAACAAAUAAUGCAAUAGCUAAAUAUGUUCGUGUAUAUAUUUUACAAGUGCCAGUUCCUAAAGUACCACCAUUUGUACUCGGAAUUAUUCCAAAUAAUAGUGAAAAUGUAUCUGAUGUAUAUGAAAUUCAUAAUCAAGUUUUAGAACUUGCUGCACAUUUUAAAAUUCAUAUAUUAUCAAUUGGAGCCGAUGGCGCAUCGAUAGAAAUUAAAGCUCAAAAGAAUAUUAUGCAAACUAAUACCCAAACGAAACUUGAAUUUAAUGAUGAAUUAUAUAAUAUCAAAUUACAUUGUCCUAUAAUUCCAAACAUUGGUCCUAUUGUUUGUAUUUCAGAUCCAAAGCAUGCGAAAAAAAAUGGACGAAAUAGUAUUUUUAGUGGCGCUCGAAUGCUGACUUUUGGAGAUAGUUUCCUAGGUUUUGGUCAUGUAUUAGGAUUGUCUAAAUCACCGAAUUCUGCUCUGUAUCAUGCAGAUGUUUUAAAUGUUGAUAAACAAGAAGAUGGAGCCGCGUAUCGGCUUUUUUCUUACGAAUUUUUAUAUGAAGUAACUCAAACUUUAAAUUCUGAUUCUAAAAACAAAGGAUUAUUAGUUUAUUUGUUUAUUAUUGGAGAAUUAAUUGAUUCAUAUCUCAAUCGAGAUAUUUCUAACCAUGAAAGAAUCAAAAUGGUUAUGAUGAGCAGUUUUUUUUUAAGAAUAUGGAAACAAUUUAUUCAAAAUGCAUCAGAUAAAUAUGAAGAGAUUUUUGCAAAUGAUCGUAAUUUUUUAGCUCAUCAAACUUAUGAAAUAUUGUCUUUUCUUGUUGAUUCAAUGAUUUUACUUAUCAUAGCACAUCAGGAAUACUAUAAUUCAAUGCCAUUAUUACCUUGGAUGCAUGGAAGUGAGGCAUGCGAGCAUUUUUUUGGAAUGGCGUGGCAACACUUACCCGAUUUUACAUAUGCAGAUUUAAUUUAUCUAAUUCCUAAAAUUCGCCAUGUUACAAAUGCCUAUUAUAAUUCUACAAUUGUCAAUCCAAAUUCAGAAUAUAAAACUUCUCGAGUUGGUUGGUUUAUUUAA